AUGAUGGUGGUGUCGCGGCUCCUCAUCCCACUUAUACCACGCCUUCUCCCGCUCUCUUGGUGGCGCCCCGAGGUUGAAGCACGAGCGGAUGAUCCAGAGCAAGAGGAGGAAGCCGAAGACCGAGCCAAUGACGAUGCCCGCGAUGGCGCCGCCGCUGAGAUGGGUGCAGUUCACGCAGCCGUCGUCAUUGGUUGCGACGACGGUCACUGUGGUCACAACUUGCCGUGCUACCACCCGCGAGGGGGAGUCUGUUGUUGUCCAGGUCGGCACUGGGAUUGGUAG